AUGGAUCAUGCUUAUAACAACACUCUUGAGAAUAGAGCAGUUGUGCAAUUAACUGCAGUUUUGUCAACAGAUACAAUGCCACGGGACAGCAUUGGUAUCAGCAGUAAGAAUAUCAUUUUGAAUGCAGGCCAGUACUCGGAAGAACAUGUUCUAAAAUGCACAUUCAAAGCAUGUGAUCCAGAAGAAACAGGACAAGUUUCUGUUUUCCACAUCAUUGAAUACUUACAAGAAAUGACAGGGCAAAGCUGUGAAGCUUGGAGGCUUCAGUCUCUCUACAAGAGAUUGGACCCUGAAGAACAAGGACUUACUGUUGAUUUUUCUACCUUCUAUUCUGUUAUGAAAGAUUGGAUUGCCGACUGUCAACAGGAAGGAAAAAGGGAAGAGGCUACUGAUUUGACAAACCAUAUCAAGGACUUACACCAUGACAACAAACAGCUAGCAAUGCAGAAUGUUAAACUACAGAGAACUAUUGAGGCUGCCAAAGAGCUCAAUUCAAGACUCUCUGAAGAGAUUUGUCAAUUGAAAGGGAAGCUGAGAGGGUUAUAUUACAGUAACCAAGAAACACUGGAACAAGCUAAAGUCUUGGCAGAUGAAUUGGAAGAUCUGAAUUUUUUUUCAAAAAGUAUGGAAGAGGAAAACAAUAGAUUACACAUACAAGCACGGCAGCUUGAAAAAGAGCAGCAGCUUCUCUCUGUUAAGAUGGAUAACCUUCAGGAUGAGAACAAAAAGUUGCUUCUGGAAAAGGAAAGCUCAGAGGGUAAAAUCAAAAAGCUAUUUACAAAGAAAGCCAAAAUGAAGUCACAACUCUCUGAGUAUGAAAAUCAUAUCUCCUGCAAAGAUGCUGCCCUUAAUAAGAAAACAAAACAAAUUGAAGAGCUUACAAUAACUCUGGAUGAAUAUCAAAUGAUGGUACAGGAAUUGAAACUGGAAGUUAGUAGGCUUCAAGAACACUUAUGUCCGUCCUAUCAAGACCUAAAAAUAUUUUUUGAUGUCCCAUUAGGCUAUCUAAUCCUGCACAUCCUCCAGGAACUAUUACUCCUUGGGCUGCUGCUUGUUUUGUUUGUUUCCUUGCUAGCAGUUUUCUGUUUAGUUAUAUUCUACAACCAAUUUUAGAUGUGGAUUGAGCCAGAGGGAAAAUUUUGGCAUUUCUUGUCAUUGCAGUAUCGACAUGUACCACCUAUCUGA